AUGCCGGCCCUGGCAGCGGAGCGGGGUGCGGGAAACCCGCCUCGGGCAACGAUUAAACGAUGGGGCCGAAAGGACGUUUACUGCUUAAGCCCCUUAGCGGCGUUUCGUUUAUGUGUUACUCAAGUAUUCAGUCUAUCAGAAAAAGCUUGGUCUGGUUCCCCUGUGCAGUUUGCUUGGCAGAAAACUUUGGGAAAUUUCCUUGCUGUAACAGGAGGUGAUCGUGCUGUGAAAAUUUUUGAUCGUCAUGGUCAGAAGAGAAACGAAAUCAGCUUACCAGGUAACUGUGUUGCUAUGGACUGGGAUAAGGAUGGAGAUACUUUAGCAAUAAUCACAGACAAAUCAAGUGCCAUAUUUCUGUGGGAUGCGAACACAAACAAAACAAGCCAAGUAGACAGUGGCAUGAGGGAUGCUAUGUCUGUCUUACUAUGGUCUCGAGUUGGAACUUUACUUGCUGUUGGAACAGCGAAGGGAAAUUUACUUAUAUAUAACCGUGAGACUUCUCGCAAGAUUCCUGUUCUUGGUAAGCACACUAAGCGGAUUACUUGUGGUUGUUGGAGUACUGAAAACCUUCUGGCUCUAGGCGGUGAAGACAAAAUGAUUACUAUAAGCAAUCAGGACGGGGACACUAUAAGACAGACUUCAGUGAGCUCAGAUCCCAGUGAUAUGCAGUUCUCAGUUAUGAAGACUGAUGAAAGAAUAUCAACCAGGGAAAGCACAGUAAGUGUAGUGGUCGGCAAGAAGACUCUCUUUCUUUUUAAUUUGAAUGAUCCUGAUAACCCGAUUGAUCUGAAAUUUCAGCAGCCUUAUGGCAGUAUUGUAACCUACAGAUGGUAUGGUGAUGGCUACAUUAUGAUUGGUUUCUCACGAGGUUGUUUCGUAGUCAUUUCUACACACAUUCGUGAGAUAGGUCAAGAAAUCUUUCAAGCCCAUAAUCAUAAGGAUAAUCUAAGCAGCAUUGCUAUAUCACAGUCAUUAAACAAAGCUGCAUCAUGUGGAGACAAUUGCAUUAAAAUCCAUGAUCUGUCAGACUUGAGAGAAAUGUAUGCCAUAAUAAACUUGGAUGAUGAAAACAAAGGUGUAGAUCAGCUGGCUUGGACAGAUGAUGGACAGUUGUUGGCAGUAUCUACACGAAGAGGAUCUCUCCAUGUUUUCUUGACAAAACUUCCAGUCCUUGGAGAUGCUUGCAGUACACGGAUUGCGUACCUCACUUCUCUUCUUGAAGUUACUGUAGCAAAUCACGUGGAGAGAGAGCUACCAGUCACAGUCUCUGUUGAAGUAGAGCCCAGUUUUGUUGCUAUUGGUGUUUAUCAUUUGGCUGUAGGAAUGAACAAUCGGGCUUGGUUUUAUGCACUUGGAGAGAAUAAUAUAAAAAAGCUUAAAGAUGUGGAGUACCUGGGGACAGUAGCAAGUGUGCACCUUAAUUCCGAUUAUGCUGCUGCUCUCUUUGAGGGUAAAGUCCAGUUGCAUAUGAUAGAAAAUGAAGGUUUGGAUGCACAGGAAGAACGAGAAACUCGCCUCUUCCCAGCAGAUGAUGAUAAAUACCGAAUUUUGUGCCAUGCUUUAACUAGUGACUUCCUCUUAUAUGGUACAGAUACUGGAGUUAUUCAUUAUUUCUACAUUGAAGACUGGCAAUAUGUGAAUGAAUAUCGGCAUCCUGUCAGUGUGAGAAAAAUUUUUCCAGAUCCCAAUGGAACCAGAUUGGCUUUCAUAGAUGACAAAAGUGAUGGCUUUGUCUAUUGUCCAGUAAAUGACAGAUUGUAUGAGAUUCCAAACUUCUCACCAACUAUUAAAGGAAUCCUAUGGGAAAACUGGCCAAUGGAUAAAGGUGUUUUUGUUGCUUUUGAUGAUGAUAAAGUGUACACUUAUGUUUUUCAUAAGGAUGCCAUUCAAGGAUCAAAGAUUAUUUUGGCAGGUGGCAUGGAAGUCCCCUUCUCCCAUAAACCUUUAUUGUUGUAUAAUGGAGAAUUAACUUGUCAGACUCAGAAUGGGAAAACAAACAAUAUCUAUCUAAGCACUCACAGUUUCCUUGGCAAUUUGAAAGACUUUGGACGUAAUCAGCUGACACAAAUGCUUACUCAGACUUUAAUGUUGAAAAGGUUUUCUGAAGCAUGGGAGGUGUGCAGACUUCUGAAUGACCAGUCUGGUUGGAAUGAGCUGGCCAAAGCUUGCUUACAUCAUAUGGAGGUGGAUUUUGCAAUACGUGUUUAUCGGACUGUUGGUAAUGCUGGGAUGGUGAUGUCACUAGAGCAAAUAAAGGGAAUAGAAGACCACAACCUUUUAGCAGGACAUCUUGCCAUGUUUACUGGUGAUUUUAAUCUGGCUCAGGAUUUAUAUCUGUCAUCCUCAUGUCCUAUUGCUGCACUUGAGAUGCGAAAAGACUUGCAACACUGGGACAGUGCACUUCAACUGGCUAAGCGUUUGGCCCCAGACCAAAUCCCUUUCAUAUCAAAGGAAUACGCAGUGCAACUUGAAUUCAC